AUGGCAGUCUUGUCGGAGUUCAGUGUGCUUUCGGCUAUUAUGUGGAUUAGUUGCCUUUUAUUUCUGCCCCUUGUGGCGGGCAGCAUCAAUUCAAGACUGCUAGAUAGUAUCCUUGUCAAUUUGGACGAGGAUUCUAGUGCAUGUGGCCAUUACUACAACCAUUCCUGUGGCAAGUACAACGAGCACCACAACAAUGGCACCUAUUUUCACUUUAACCAAAUGCUGGACCUCCAGGUGAAACAAAAAUUUGUAAAACUAAUGGAGAACCUGCAUAAGAAUUCGCAAUCGCCAGGAUUCAAUGAGUCAAGUGUUGAGGCAAAGGUCCUUCGUUUCUACACCAUCUGCAGUGCAUCGCCUCGAAACAUUAGCAGUUUGGAACAGUACUUGCAACUGGCUCCUCCAGGCGAAGGACUCACUUGGCCCCAAUUUACACCAAGUGAUAGUAAAUGGCCACAGAAACCGUUCAACUGGCUGGAGACAUUGGGCUAUUUGCACCGCUAUGGCCUAACCAAUGUCUUCUUAAGCCUAGAAGUCGAACCCAAUCCCCUCAAAGGCUCGGAAUUUCGGUUGGAUCUCAGAAAACCAAAUUUUGAGGAGAAAUCACAGAAACUGAACAGCUUUGUGGAAACCCUAACCAUGCUCUAUCUCAUGAAGGUCCCUCCGAAUGAAGUCAUACCCUUGGCAAGAAAGAUACGAAACCUAGAGGAGUCUAUAAACGAGCUGGUCAUGGGAAUAGAAUAUAUUGACGGGGAACUUAUCAGUAUAGAAGAAUUGGAAAAAAGAACCGGGAUCAAAUUUCACAGAUUGCUUGAGCAAUUUUUGGGUCAGGACGUUGGCCCAGGUUUCCAGGUGGUGGCCCAGCAAUUCGAGUAUUUCAGUUCCCUCAAGAAGCUAAUGGAGAAACAGGAAGAUCACGUAGUUGCCAGCUAUAUAAUGACCCGAUUCGGGAUGUAUCUAUUGGAGGAAACUACGGUCGGCACAGAAUCCACUAAAGCCAACAUCCAUGAAAUCAAUAAUAUUUUCGAAAAAUUGCGUAACGAAUUCCUGUUGCAAGUUGAACACAAUCGUCUGGAGUUAAGCCCUAGGCAAAAAAGGUUUAUAGUAAGAAAGGCUCAAGAAGUUAUCCUUAAUAUUGGAAACAUUCCAAGAGCUGAUGAUUUUCGAAAUUUCGCUAGCCAUUACUACGAGGGAUUAGAGUUUCCCCCUGGACCCCUUGAUUACCAUCGGGAACAUCUCAAGUUGCUGCAGUUUCGCACCCAAAAGAGGGUUUCACAAAUCCAGCAAAGGACACAGAUUCGAGAAGAAUAUUUCCACUUGCCCGAUCCAACUACAGCAGAAGCCUCCUUUGCCUAUUAUGUGAGCUACCUGAAUAUUAUUAUCGUGCCACUUGGCUUACUUCAAGAACCGUUUUUUGCACCGGAUAGUGAUGAUGUUUUUAAGUACAGCCUGAUGGGAUUCUCUUUGGCACAAUUGUUUAUGAACGCCUUCGACACAGAUGGCAUUACGGUCGAUAGCUAUGGAAUUCAGCAAGGAUUUAAAUCAGAACGCUUUGACGAGGCUUUGCGGUGCAUGUAUCGCAACGAAAUUGAGGAUGUUGAUGAUAGUCUAUCGGAUAAUUUUGGUCUAAUGAUCACCUAUAAUGCCUACUUAAAGAAUAAUAAGAACUCAACCCACACCGACUUCACCCAUUUGCCACCGGAAAAGAUAUUCUUCCUCAAUUUUGGACAAUCCUUCUGCGAAAAUAGUAAAUAUAUCUUUAAUUCCGAAAAAGAUCAGGAACGUUUGCAGCAGAUUGUGAAGGGAUUUGAACCCUUUAAUAAGGCUUUUGGAUGUCGUCGAGAUGGUCCACAGCAAGAAAAGUGCCAGGUGUGGUGA